AUGGAAGCUGCUUUGUCAAGUGCGACUGUGCCAUCUCUUGACAGAACCGAUUUUCUGAAGCUUCAGAACGGCAGCGAUAUUCGGGGUGUAGCGGUCUCCGGGGUUGAAGGGGAACCUAUAAGCCUUCCUGAACCAGUGACUGAAGCCAUAGCUGCUGCUUUUGGGCAAUGGCUAAUACACAAGAAGAAGGCUGAGUCCCGGAAGUUGAGAGUAUCUGUUGGCCAUGACUCUCGCAUAUCAGCACAAACCUUGCUGGAGGCGGUUUCUCGAGGUCUCGGUGUUUCUGGAUUAGACGUUGUUCAGUUUGGAUUAGCAUCAACACCAGCAAUGUUCAAUAGCACAUUGACUGAAGAUGAAUCAUUCUUGUGCCCAGCCGAUGGGGCUAUCAUGAUAACGGCGAGCCAUCUUCCUUACAACAGGAACGGUUUCAAGUUCUUUACCAGUGAUGGAGGGCUUGGGAAGGUUGAUAUCAAAGACAUUUUGGAGCGAGCUGCAGAUAUUUACAAGAACUUUUCUGAUGAACGUCUGAGGAAAUCACAAGGAGAAAACUCUUCUAUUAAAAAGGUUGACUACAUGGCAGUAUACACCGACGGUCUUGUAAAGGCAGUUCGGAGAGCAGCAGGAGAUUUAGAGAAGCCUCUAGAGGGAUUCCACAUAGUCGUUGAUGCUGGAAAUGGAGCUGGAGGAUUUUUCGCUGCCAAGGUGCUUGAGCCUUUAGGAGCAAUUACUUCUGGCAGUCAAUUUCUGGAACCAGAUGGCAUGUUUCCAAAUCAUAUCCCUAAUCCGGAAGAUAAGUCAGCAAUGGAAGCUAUAACCAAGGCUGUGCUUGAUAAUAAGGCUGAUUUGGGUAUCAUCUUUGAUACUGAUGUUGAUAGGUCUGCUGCUGUGGAUUCAACUGGCCGUGAGUUCAACCGUAAUCGUCUUAUUGCCUUGCUCUCAGCCAUUGUUCUAGAGGAACACCCUGGCACAACUAUUGUUACGGACAGCGUCACUUCGGACGGUUUGACCUUAUUCAUUGAGAAGAAGCUCGGGGGAAAGCAUCUCAGGUUCAAAAGAGGCUACAAGAAUGUCAUCGAUGAAGCUAUUCGCUUGAACUCAACUGGAGAAGAAACACAUCUGGCUAUAGAAACCAGUGGUCAUGGAGCUCUAAAAGAAAACCAUUGGCUCGAUGACGGAGCCUACCUCAUGGUAAAAAUCUUGAAUAAACUAGCUUCGGCCAGAGCUGCUGGUAAAGGAACUGGAAGCAAAGUUUUAACGGAUCUUGUUGAUGGGCUAGAGGAGCCCAAAGUUGCUUUAGAACUGAGGCUUAAAAUCGACAAGAAUCACCCCGACCUUGGAGGAAAAGAUUUCCGGGAAUAUGGAGAGAAGGUCCUGCAACACGUCUCGAACUCGAUAGAAACUAAUCCGGAUCUCAAAACAGCUCCGGUUAACUUCGAAGGGAUCCGCGUUUCGGGCUUUGGUGGAUGGUUUCUUCUCAGGCUUUCUCUCCACGAUCCUGUUCUUCCCCUUAACAUCGAGGCGCAGAGUGAGGAUGAUGCUGUGAAGCUAGGCCUUGUGGUUGCUUCGGCAGUGAAGCAUUUCAAUGCUUUGGACACCUCUGCCUUGUCCAAACUCACUCACUCCUCUUAA